GAUGAGGUCAUAAAUAAACAUGGCGUCGUGCGGUGCAGCUGGGACAGGCCCCCUCGUCCUGAGGGUGAUCUCAAACACAGUUAAAAUAGUUAACAGUGCAGGAAAAAUUAUUAAGGACAUCAUGAACAGCGGGAACCUCGGCAUUGUCGAAAAGGAAGGCAUCAAUGACUUGCAAACCGAGGCAGACCGCUCCGUCCAGCGCUGCAUUGUGACCUCCUUGUCCCGGCAAUUCCCUAAGCUGACCAUCAUUGGAGAAGAGACGCUAGAAGAGAAGAAAAUCAGUGAUGACUGGAUCAUCACAGACCACGACAAGGAUGUCCUGUCAACGACGCUGCCAGAUGAACUCAAGGAUGUCAAAGAGGAAGAUCUUGUGGUUUGGGUGGACCCCUUGGAUGGGACAAAGGAGUACACGCAAGGCUUCCUGGAUCACGUGACCAUACUGGUUGGGAUCGCUGUGCAUGGUAAGGCAGUUGGUGGUGUCAUUCAUCAGCCUUACUACAACUACCAGGUGGAGAAAGACGUCUACAAGCAAGGACGGACAAUGUGGGGUAUCGUUGGUGUUGGUGCGUUUGGCAUCAAGCGCACGCCGCCCCCUGCUGACAAGAGAAUCAUCACCACAACUCGUUCCCACUCAAGUCCGGUCAUCAACAGCUGCAUCGAGUCCAUGAAGCCGGAUGAGGUGCUUCGUGUUGGUGGAGCGGGACACAAGGUGCUGCUUUUGAUUGAAGGCAAGGCACACGCCUACGUCUUCCCAAGCAAGGGAUGCAAGAAGUGGGACACCUGCGCUCCGGAGGCAAUCCUCCAUGCCACUGGAGGACUCUUGACAGAUAUCCACGGCAACCGGCUACAGUACCACAAGGAUGUCGAGCAUGUCAACAGUGGCGGUGUCCUCGCCGCCUGCCUCAAGGAGCAGCACGACUGGUUCAAGAAUCACAUUCCCCCCGAUGUUGCCAAGACGCUGCCCGUACCUUCGACGCAAUCCUAGCCACGCCCUACCUAGGCUGAAGGACAGCAGAGUUGUGUGUGGCUUACGUCCCCAACUAGUUUCAUUCUGGAUAUACCAGAUUUCUUCGGUUAUAGCUUUCUACGAGUUUCUAGGCCACUUGGUUAGUCAGUUCUCGUGCUUUUCUUGGGAGUGGAAGAGGACAUGCAUAUAUUUUUUUUAUAAGCGUUAUUUUGUGCACUUGUUACGCACCAUAUUUGUUCUUGAUGCGCAAUAUCAUAGAAUUAGUGUACGACGCUACUUAACUUUCGUCUCUAUCAAAACAAAAACUAAGAUACCGCAGUGGAGUCUCUGUGAACUCCCAUGUGUGCAGCUGUGAAGCUUGUCAUUAAAAGAAUACUGACUGCUUGAAAAAAAAUAAUUGCGUAUGGCUUACUAAUAACAAGUAUUGAUGUAUUGCAAACCUAUGGUGAUACGAUAAUAAAAAUAGUUGUAUUUGUUUUUGUUUAGGAUGAGAUGACGAAGUGUGACAAAGCUAUAUUAUAACCCCCUUUUAAUUGGGAAUGUCCUUUUAUAUCUGCAUUCCAUGAAUCAUGCAUAAUUUUGAUACCAUUGUUAUAAAAAUGAAGUAUUCUUUUAUCUGUUCGCAUUAUCCUCUGAGGUGAGAGCAAAUACAUGUCUGCAGAUAUUAUAAAAGCAGCAGCAGUGUUGAGUGUCAUUGCUGUGUGGAUGUUUUGAUUUUUGUUAGUUUGUUUGGUGUUUGUAGUUUUAGCCAUAGCAUGAUCGUUGAUUGUAUUAAGAGCUGAGCUGUUGGUGUAAUAAAUUGACCGUUGUAAGCAUUGA